AUGGUCGUCUUUAAAGAAGAAAAUCUACCGCUCCUAAAGUGGAGAUUGGCAAGGGUCCAUCAGUUAUAUCCUGGAUCCGAUGGAGUCUGCAGAGUGGCGGAUUUUAUCACUUACCGCGGCAUCGAGCGCCGAGGCUUAAACAGAGUGUGCCCUCUGCCAGUGGACGACGGUCUUGAAAGUCUUGAAAGAACCACCUUUCAAGGGGGGCAGAUUGGUAACGCCCAUCAC